CCUAGGUUAUUUCUGCAUGCACCCGCCCACCACAGCCACCUCGGCUUAUCUGGAACGCAGGGCACCCUGGGUCUGCACCCCGCCAGCAUGAGUCUCCUCGCUCGCCCACUGCUCGCCGCCCUCCUGCUGCUUGUCUGCGGCGCGGGCCCGGCGCGUGGCGACACCCCUGCUAACUGCACCUACCCCGACCUGCUGGGCACCUGGGUUUUCCAGGUGGGCCCCGUGAGUUCCCAACAAGCCACCAACUGCUCCGCAAUGGGUCCAGUAGAAAAGAAAGUAACAGUGCAUCUCAAAAAGAUGGAUACAGCAUAUGAUGAACUAGGCAAUUCUGGCCAUUUCACCAUCAUUUACAAUCAGGGUUUUGAGAUUGUGCUGAACGACUACAAGUGGUUUGCCUUUUUUAAGGAUGUCACUGACUUUAUCAGGCAGCUGUUCGUGCAGCUGGGAACAGUGGGAAUAUAUGAGUUGCCUCAUCUGAAGAACAGACUGGUUAUUAAGUAGAUCCUCCAUUGAGGAGCUCUUGUAAAGCUGCAGCCAGGUAAAGGCAGAGCAGCCUGCACCACCUCUCAGCUAGCAAAGGCCUGGAGUCUGCGAGUCUACAGAACAUAGAGCAGCCUGCUGACCUCCAUCCAUAGCAGCUGUGCACCCAACAUUUCCUUGUCAAGCAGUGCCACCAUUUUGGAUUAUGAACCACCAAGAUUCCUUAGGAUCCACAAAGAAAGAAGUCUAGACAAUUUUAUGGCUCUACCAGCCCACUUUGGCACAAAAAGAACAGUGUGCUUCACAUGCAACAGUUUCUCCAGGCUAGUUGGAAUUUGAAUUUUUGUGUUAUUUCUAACUGGUGCAAAUUCUUCUCAGCAUUAAAUUGUCACUCACUCACUCCCAAAUCACCAUGCGGAACCCCAGCACCUACUUCAAGGUGAAAAGAAGGCCUCAGGAAUGCUUGAGAUGUAGAGAAGUUAUUUCUGAGAAGAUAGUUGGAUACACCACAAGUAAAAGGGUGGAGGUUCAAAACUGAGAUAGUUUUUGUUGGAAUUUGAUUAUUAUCAUUAUUUUUUUUUUACCACAGCACUGCUCAGCUCUGAUUUAUGGUGAUGCUAGGGAUUGAACCUGGGAGGCCCUUGAGUGUGAAAGUCACUUGCAUUACAAUUUUGCUGUCUCCCCUGCCCCAGGAUAGCAGCAUCCCUGACCAGAGAUGUAUAGUCAAUAUUUUUUAUAAGUGUUUGCUUUCUGGAAAAAAAAGGGCCAGCCUUUUGUUCAGAACUUUACAUACUUUAUUUUACAAAAAUCCCCUAACAUGUAUUUUACUGCCUUCAUUCAGUGACUCAUCAUAAGGUGACUCUUACUACACUGUUCUUAUUGUAAAGUGAUAAGUUGGCCUCAAUAUGGCAGCCCUGCAGCAAGAGAGAAGUAAAGCAUACUGUACACGUGCACACACAAACACACACACACACCUACUAUUACUACUACUACUACUACACACACACACAUACACACACACACAUACACACACACACAUACACACACACACACACACACACACACACACACGGAGGUUUCCUGGUGAAUCCAGCCUCUAAGCACCACAAGCAUUGUGGGGUAGAGUUUGUACUACCUUUCUCUCUGAAAUUUAAGACCAGUUAACUGGCUCCCUUAUCAGUGAGGCUCUUCUCUUUCCUAAGAUUCUUUCCCUAAAACCUAAAAUUAACCUUGAUCUUCAAUUUGUUGUCUCAAAAAUUCAAAGGAGAGGCCUGUCAACUAGACUUUAAGAACCUGUGCCAAAUUGACUCUCAUUAAUAAAGCUAUUAUUCACACCGAUUGCUGUGUUUAGCUUUUCCCUGCUGAACAAUGGGCAGGUUUCCUUCUUGGAAGUUCUUAAAGCUGAUAUUAUCAGCCUUGGGGCACUGAGAGUUGGGGCUGGCCUCCUCCCUGUAUGGACGGAGCAAUCUUGGAAUCUUCGAGGGAGACGGCAGGGUUCCCUUGGCCUUUACUGGUUCCAGUGACUUUAUGCUCUUUCAGUGAUUCUGGUAUACUUUUGUGGGGCAUCUUUUUGAUCUAUCUUAGAAGGAUGAGUCACGGGCCAACUGACAACUUCUACUGAGCAAUUUCCUCUUAAUCUACUUAUUUCUGACCUGAUAAAAUUUUCCAUUACUCAGAGCUGUGGUAUCUUCCCACAACUUUCUCCACUGCCAGGGUCACCUUUAUCUUGGUCCCUGAGGACCUCUGCUCCGAUAGCUGCACUGUUGUAGAAUGCUUUGAGUAUUGCUUUUGUCCUAUCUUCAGCUUCUAAUGCACUUAGGACUACAUAGGUGUUACAAAAUAAGUAAAUAAACCACAGGCACUUUUA